CGCGAAUUAACUGAAUUAAGGCAAAUGUCAGUAAAGGCCCUUUCUUAGAUCAUUUGUUGAUCAUUCUUUUUAUAAAAAAUUAUACUCUUCUUUUUAUUUUUUUUUUUUUGAUGGUUGCUUGUGUGUUAUAGUGGUCUUUGAGACGUAAUAAUCAAAAGCCGAAAUAUUGAUACUUCGUCCGUUUGGUUUGAGUCAUAAGCACUAGAGGAUUUAUUAAACUUGAUCAAUUAACUUAUUAAAGAAAUCCGUUCAUGUUCGAUAACACAGACCGUCAGACGAUACUUGCGACACUACUGUUGAAACCGAUUCAGACCGUAUUCCAAUUUGUACAUGAGAGCGGCGGUAAAGCAGAUGUUAAAGACAUUCAAUCUUUGUUUAUACCAAAACGAACAAUUCCGUUGGCAAACUAUAUUGCUUUGACUUCUUGUGGAGGGCUAAAAACAAUGCUCCAAUCCAAGCAGCUCAAGAAUAUUUUUCAAUAUUCAAAGAGAUUUGUAACUAUUACUACAACUAAUGCACAGCAAGUAUCUACUUCGAAAGUUUAUCCCAAAUUGGUUACCUUUGUCAAAGAGCAAGGACAAAAUAGGUCUCCAGAGUUCUGGGAGAAUAUCAAUAAGCAACUAUCAAUAUCUUAUAAAAAUAAAAAGAAAAAAGAGAAACUGUUCCCUGAGGAUGCAUUGUCUGAAACCAAUAACAACGCGAAUUCUCUGACCUGCAUCCCUCGUAAACAUAAGGAAAAUAUGGAGCUUGCAAGCUUUAUUGAUGAGAAAAAAGGAAUAGAGGAAGAUAUUGAGCACUUUACUUCCUUACUUUUAUAUCCUAUGCAGGCUUUCUUUUGGCAUUUAAAAAAUUCAAUAGACGGGAUAAAGCGUCGAGAUCUUACCACAGUAUUAAAAAACCAGGAAACCUGUCCUAUUCCAUUGGAAGAAAGAGACUAUUUGAUUUUAUCCCAAUUGGGAGGCAUUGACAGAAUUGCUACUUCUGACUAUCUAAGUCCUCUUAUAUUAUAUGAUACCACCUCAGGGACUAUUAAAUUGAAAAAUCCUAAUGAAAAAAUUUCUCUUAAACUUCUGCGACAGUGUCUAUGUAAAUCUGUCAAGGAGCGUCGUGCAUCUUUGAAACCCGAUGCAUGGAGGAGUAUAAGUACUUACCUGAGGAAGGCAACUGUCAAGUAUAGCUCUUCUCCUAUAUUUAAUGAACAAAAGCAAGUUACUCUUACCGGAGACUCAAAUCCGAUUAUAAGCUUGGAAUCUAAAUCCAACCUCUUUGAAGGUUCUGGUCUUUUGCCCCUUGGUUACUUGGCAGAUCAAUCACGUUCUUAUUUUUCCAAUUCUAUCAAAUUUUUACUUACAGACUUGCUAUUGGAGCCUCUUCGAGCUCUGCUUGUUUAUUUUUAUUUUUACAAAUCUCCCAUGUCUAUUGGACAGAUCGAACGUUUUUUCCAAGUCAUUUUAGAAUCGCAUUUUUUACAAAAUUCUACUAAAACCGCAUUACUGCUGGUAGGUGGUAUUGUGAAUAUUUUGUCGUCGGCGUCUUCAAGGCACCUUUUUGAAUGUAUAGACAAUAAUGGAAUAAAGGUAAGCCAUCCAUUGAGAACGAUGUUUUCUGAAAGAAUGUUUCCGGAAUUAUUCAAAUCUGUUGAACAGAUUGUGUCCGAGUCCUUUUCUGAACGUCUGUUGGGAAAUGAUAAAAAACUAUUCACAAACCUUAUGGAUGAGCUGUCCUCUGCCAAUUUGGGUAGCCUACAGGAUUACAUGCGAAACUCAAACAUAAAAUGGAAGAUGGUAUAUUUGCUUGUUCCGACUUUAUUGAGUUUAAGCCGCGAGUUUGCCAGAGACCCUCACCUUUCAUCGGAAAAGAUUUUUUCAGCUUUUCACCAUAAGGAAAAUAUGGAGAAUUCUUCUUUAUUUUCAACACCACUUUUGCAGCUGGUUGAACGAAUGGGUGGCAUCGCUAAAUUUUUAUCUUCACAAGAAUUUGUUCCUUUAUUUAAGAUAGAUGAAGAUACAAUGCAACCCAUGAUUGAGAAUGAACAGAAAUUACUUAUAACUGUGUUUGUUUCUGUAUAUAAAUUCUCGACCAAUAUACAGCUACAAAACCCAGCGCUGAUAGACGAUUUACGGAACAGUUUAAACAGCUACUUUCAGGAUGAAAAGGAUGCUGAGCAUAAAAAGUCAUUGAAGCUGGAUCGAUCAUCUGAGUUUCAAGCUCAAACUGUAAAAAAUAUUGAAAAAGCGGAGCAAAAUACAGAAGGACUACAAGUAUCCAAUGUUGAAGAAAGCCAGUUCCGUGAUAAAGCAAAAGCAAUUUCAUCAAGCCUUUCUGAUUUACUAAAUGCGGAAAAAAGAGAAAAUGAAAUUUCUGAUGGACUUUCGAAAUACGCAACAAAUCUACUAUUUGGAGAAAAUCAACCAUAUUCAGUCGAUCAUAUGAAUCUGCUUAUUUUGAGAAGAUCAGCUAAGGGUAUUCGCUCCAAAAAAGAGAUCCAGUCAUUUUUGAAUAGCUAUUUCUUGGUCAAGUUGGAGCAAUCAUUUGUCGACGGGUACUUGAUGAAUUUAGAAAAGUUGGGUCUGAUUACCGAUUCUUAUCCACGUAAGCUUACGCCAAUUGGAGAAGAAUUUUUAAGCCAUCCCAAUGAGUGGGACCCACUUAAAAUGUCGGAAAGCAACUUUAUGGUUGUUUCAAGCAAACUUCAGAAAACGAGAGAGAGAGAUAUUUAUAAGGUAUAUUUAGACAAAAAGAUCGAUAAAAGACGGGAGGAAUUGGUGCUUAAAUUCAUAAAAAAAAUACGAAAGCUUUUAAGUGAAGGUCUUAAUAUGCCUGUCCAAGUUUAUACCUUAGGUUCGUAUAGGACUGGUUUAAUGACAAAUCAUUCAGAUAUCGAUUUGGUUGCUACUUCUAAAAGUCCCCUUUUAAAGAAAUUUAACACUAUUACUAAGUUAAUUUUCAAAAGAUAUAGAGAAGUGAUUCCGAUACGACAUGCCAAGGCUCCUGUAAUUAAACUUUCUACACCAGAAGGUUUCCGUUGUGACCUAAGUUUUGAUUCCAUGUUCGCCGCUCAAAAUUCAUGCUUAAUUGAGAAAUAUUUAAGUAUAGAUGAAAGAGUCAAAGUUUUUGUUUCAACUAUAAAAAGCUGGGCAUCACUUCGCAUGAUUGACAAAUCCUAUUUUAGUGUGCCUUCGGGUUAUACGUGGUGCAUAAUGGCUCUAUUUUACCUUCAACAACUUUCGCCUCCAUUAUUACCAAAUCUCCAAGCGAAAAAUUCCGAAUUUUCUUACAAGUUGUCUGACUCGACGCAUGAAUCAGUAAAUUGUUGGUUUGAACAAAACAUAGAACCAUAUAAAAAAACAGCGAAGCUUAACAAAAACUCUGUCAAUGAUUUGCUGCUUGGUUUUUUUUAUUAUUACAGCUCCUCAAAAAGUGGCUCUUUUAAUUGGAAUCGAGAUGCAGUUGAUAUAUCUUGUGGUCGCCCUAUUAUGAAAAGUACAGUUAAAGAAGCCAGCGAAUCUCAUAUGAUGGUUAUAGAUCCGUUUCUUAAAACCAAGAAUCUAACAUCAGUCGUCACUUCUGCUACAAGGGAUUUAGUACAGUAUGAGAUGGAAAGAGCAUAUCGAAUAUUGAGUGAUCCCAAUGCUACGAUUAAACAAUUAAUGAGUCCGUCUGUUCGAUGAAGAAGAAUUUCCUGAACAGAUAUUACAAGAUUUGGGAAAUUAGACUUGAUUUACGUUCCUUGUCGUUUUGUUAUGCUUAUAAAAACAAGAAUUGGGAUCUACAGCUUGGUUACAUUCUCUUGAAAUAUCUAAACGCGCACCGAUAGAAGAAACUGGUUUAUUUAAUUUAGUCCUACUAAUAUACUAAAAAUGUACAUACUAUAAUUACUACCCCCUAAUCGCAACAAUAUAUUUAUCCAUCC